AUGACGACAUCUGCAAAGAAGAAGAGAACAAAGAGGAGCAGCGCGAUGACGAGCACGACAACUCGAGGCAUUCCUCCGAGAGGACGCAUCGUGGCGACGGAUGCUGGUGCAGCAGCUGGCGUGCGAGAAGAUUUGGCGGCCAGCAGAUCUUCGCGACCGCGGUACAGGGAGUUUUACAUCUCAGACGCCAUGACCGCCUCGACUGAUGCCGGAGGGGUCCUCAUGGGUAGCCUUUACGAUCUGGUGUAUCGGGUCAUGGGCCACCAACAUUUGAUCUCCAGCUUUUAG